UCAAAAUAAAGAGCUAUUCUUUUUCACAAACUCUUGUUCAUGGCUCAAAAUAAUCGACCUCCAAAUUGGAAGGAAGAUGGAGAUGAAGUGUUAUGCAAGGUUUGGAUUCAAAUUUCAGAGGAUAGUUCUGUCGGCCACUAUCAAUCCACAUCCGAGUUUUGGAGGCGAUUUGGAGUCAUGUUUGUUGCUAAAGGAUUUGGGAUUUCACGUGUCGACACAUGCCUGGCUGCUCGACGAAAGACCAUCCAACAUCAAUGUGGGGCGUGAAAUGCCGCAUCAAGAAGGGCAAACGCUACACCAAUGAGCGGGGAGAACCUAAGUGAUGUGGUUGAUUGGACGACAAAUUUUUUUGUAGCGGACACCAAAAAACAAUUCAAGCUUAUGCAUUGUUGGAGUAUACUCUAUUGUUGUCCUAAAUUUAUGCAACAAUUUUAUGCAUAUGUGGCUCCAAUUCCACCCCUCGGUGGAUCUUCAUCCGGCAUGUCAUCAGGGAAAAGUGAUGGUGCCGAAGUUCAAG